CAUCGUUUUUGAACACACUUCUAAGUCGUCGCUUCCUUCUUCCUCAAGAGUGAAGACGGACCCUUGGUGUACCCAUACACAAUGGGUUCAUGUGGAAGAAGCUACUCAUUGAGUGUUAAGCAGAGAGACACCAUCGCAGCCGCAUUGCCAGUACAAGACCACUGGUUAUCCAUGUCAAACCUAGACCUACUCCUUCCGCCAUUGGACGUUGGAGUUUUCUUCUGCUACAAGAAAUCCCCAAUUCCUCAUGAAGAUAGUAUUACCACUCCAGUGAACCUCAUCAAGAAAUCACUGGCACAAGCCCUGGCACCGUUUUAUCCGUUCGCCGGAGAAGUUGUCCAGAACAGCCAUGGUGAACCGGAGCUUCUCUGUAAUAACCGUGGUGUGGAUUUCAUUCAUGCCCAGGCUGAUGUUGAGCUUAAGAACAUUGAUCUCUACCACCCAGAUGAUUCUGUAGAGAGGAAACUUGUUCCACUUAAAAAACGAGGUGUUCUUACUGUUCAGGUGACUGAGCUCAACUGUGGAGGGUUGGUAAUUGGAUGCACCUUUGAUCAUCGAAUCGGCGAUGCCUACUCAAUAAACAUGUUCUUGACUGCAUGGACCGAAAUUUCUCGAUCCAGACCGAUAUCAUGUCUUCCAUCUUUCAGACGUUCCAUGGUUAACCCCAGACGCCCACCUCUCAUGGACACUGUCUACGAUUCCCUAUUCGUCCCUGUAUCAUCUCUCCCACCACCAAGAUCUUAUCUCCCGACCAAUCCCCUCGUAAGCCGCAUAUACUACAUCCAAGCCAAAGACAUCGAUCAACUUCAAUCGAAUUCAAGUUUUAAUGGAAACCCAAAACGAAGUAAGCUUCUAUCGUUUAUCGCCUUUUUAUGGAAGAUAAUAGCAGAGUGUGAUGAUGGCUUCGAGACCUGCAAGAUGGGAGUUGUAGUUGAUGGGAGAGAAAGACUAGAACAGGUGAAUUUUGACAAACUUUCUUUGACAAAUACCAAGUGUUUUUCGAUGCAAAACUACUUUGGAAACGUACUUUCCAUCCCUUAUGGUGAAGCGAAUUCGGGAGAGCUUAAGGAAAUGGCACUGAGCCAAGUGGCUGAAAUGGUCUAUAAGUUUGUGAGUCCUGCAAUGACUGAGGAGCAUUUCAGGGGACUCAUAGAUUGGGUCGAGCUGCACCGGCCCGAGCCAGCGGUUGCAAAGAUUUACACGAAAACGGAAGAAACCGACGGCGAAGCUGUUGUGGUAUCAUCUGGGCAGCGGUUUCCGGUGGAAAGCGUUGAUUUUGGUUGGGGUAGGCCGGAUUUCGGUUCGUAUCAUUUUCCAUGGGGUGGGCAAACGGGAUAUGUGAUGCCAAUGCCAAGUGUGAAGAAGAAUGGAGAUUGGAUAGUUUAUAUGCAUCUCCUUGAAAAGCAUUUGGAUUUGGUGGAGACCAAAGGAAGGAAGGUGUUUAAGCCAUUAUCUCCAUCAUACAUUGGCUUCUAAUCAUCAUUCAUUACUAUCACUGUAAUAUAUGUGUGCCACCCAAAUCGCUUGGCUUUCUGGAUUAAGACUAUGUGUAAUGUUAAUGGAAUGUAUAUUAAGCAUAUAAGUGUGAAAAUACGUACAACA